AUGCGCACGACGACAACGAGAUCAGACAACAGCAGCAACAUAUUCUACAACUACUACAGCAGUCCUUCAUCGAGCAGGUGCAAAAUUGAAGACAUUCAGAAGAAAUUUCUAUCCUGUCACGUGUGCAAGGAGUUGUACAGGCAGCCUAAACUGCUUCCAUGCUUGCACAGCUUCUGUUUGCCCUGUCUGAACAGCUACGUACCUGACCACAGCCUCUCCCUGGCCUGUCCCAUCUGUCGCCAACAUUCCAUUCUUCCCGUUAGCGGAGUUUCCGGAUUGAGAGAUAAUAAUUUUGUGUCCGAGUUGGCAACGCAGUUACGAAAUUUUCUUGGAAAAGAAGCCUACAUGCAACCGUUCAAUCCGUCCGAAACUAUGGCGAUCACCUGUCUGCAACACGAACAAGUGGACGUGAGUCACUACUGCGUCGACUGUGAUACCAUCAUUUGCGGCGCGUGCAUCCAGGUGGAACACAGGGAUCACACGAUGAAAAUUCUCAACGAGUUCGUCGUUGAUGAAAAAGUUUCAUUAGAAAAAACUCUGAAAAAACUAAUCAACCACAGCAAGCCGCCGACGUUAGCGUUGAGGAACAUUGAAAAGACUCAAGACAAGUUGAUGAAGCAGACAUUACAAUCCGAACAAACCAUCAACGAACACUACGGACAUCUCAUAAAAGCGCUUGAGCACAGAAGAGAAUAUUUACUCGCUCAAUUAUUUAAAAAGAGUUCGGAGAAAAAAGAAAUUUUAAAUUUUCAAAAAAGAAGUGUGGAAAAUUUAAAAAGCACUCUUGAUCUGUUCAAAGAAUCAAUUGAAAGUUGUUUAACUCUAAUCGACGAUCCGGUAAAAAUUAUUUUGGCAAAGAAAGAACUGCAGGACUCUUUGGAACAAUUUUUCUCAACCGCCUCCUCAUUACCAAAUCAAAAGGAAAAUGAUAAAGGUGACAAAACAUUGGAAGAUGAAAUCAAUGAGUUGAACAUCAUACCUGCCGAUCUAGGUGUUAUACUCUGCAGUUCAGCUGUUGCUCACGAAACUACGGCAAGUGGAGAAAAUUUAAAAAAAUGUCACCUCAAUAAUCCGGCUCGGGUAGUCGUCACCACAAAAAAUUUUAAAGGAGUUGUAGUUUCUAACCUUGGGGCUAAGUUAUCAGCAAAGAUCACUUAUUUGAACACUUCCGACUCAACUGCUUUCAAAUUAGAUAAGAAAAGACCAAAAUCCGCUCAAAACACUGAAAUGACGCUCGAUGUUGUCCAGCUAGAAAUCAACUUAUUUGGGCAGCCGAUAUGUAACAGUCCUUUUACAAUUAAAAUCAAACCAGAACUACCUGGAACUUCAUCAAAAAAAUCUGCUCUCAAUUCAAACCGUUUACGGGAAACAUCUUUCAAGACUUCUCCUCGUCCCUUGCACGCAAACAGGAAACCCAGCAGUGCAUCAGCAAGCCAACACGACGGACCGUGCCAACGAAUAGGGAGCAAGGGUCAUAACAAAGGCGAGUUCAUGAACUUGCAGGGAAUCGCUGUGCACGAUGAACGCAUCGCAGUGGCCGACAGCAAUGGACAGUGCGUGCAAAUAUUUUCUCUGGAAGGGGAUUGUUUGUUAAAAUUUGGAGUCAAGGGUCGGUCACCUGGUCAGAUGCAACGACCGACGAGCGUCACUUUUACACCAGAUGGACAAAACAUUCUCGUCUCGGAUUAUGAAAAUAAAUGGAUUGGCAUUUACACAAUCGAAGGAAAGUUUCUCAGUAGACUCGGCCAUGGAAAGUUGGUAGGGCCGAAAGGUGUAGCCAUUGAUGCCCAGGGAAGAGUAGUUGUCGUUGACAAUAAGUCAAGUACAGUGUUUCUGUACACACUUUCCGGAAAAAUAUUGGGAAAAUUUGGACUGAGAGCCAUCGAUCACGAGUCGUCAGGGCAGCCAGUUGUUAGGAACACUUACGCAGAAGCACAGGCUCGCAUGGCAGGCCCCCACUUUUGUGCAAUUGAUCCUAUAGAUGGAGAUGUCGUAGUCACGGAUUUCCACAACCACAAAGUUAAAGUUUUUACGUCUGAAGGGCAGUACAAAUUCACGUUCGGAUCGGCAGGAGACGGUAAUGGUCAGUUCAGUGCGCCAACGGGAGUGUGCAUAGACAGCCAGGGCAACAUACUCGUUGCUGAUUGGGGGAAUUCUAGAGUCCAGAUUUUUGAUAAGAACGGCUCAUUCCUCUGCUUCAUCGACACCAGCUCCGACCCGCUGUACGGACCGCAAGGAAUCGCAAUGACCAAGGACAACGACAUCAUCGUCGCGGACUCUGGAAAUCACUGCCUGAAAAUUUACAAGCAGCUUCUGUAGUUAUCAUUUACUGACAUUUCAAGUUUAUUCGCUUAAUUCGUUCGUUACGAUUAGUCAUCUUCUGAUAUCAUUAUACAUUUCAACUUUCAUGAAUUUAUUUUUUGUUUUGUUAGUUGACUGAAUUUUUUAAAACUCCUUUUUUUGAUAUUUGGCCAAUUUGAUUUGCCUAAUUUGCGUUUCAUUUAAAUUUGAAGUUUGUUUUGUUUAAAAACAUAGCAAAUCAUCUAACCUUUCAUCUAUUAUAUAUGUAAUCACGUUGUCAACACCAAGGCAACACGAUAUCAUAACAUAACACAUUAAACUCAUGUGUAAAUUAACUAAUUCAAACUUCGUAAAAAAGCAUCUUUUCUUGUGCAACAAAUUUCUAUUUAAUAUUUGCUACAUUUUUGCGUGUGAAAAAUCAGUGAACUUUUAGUUAUAAAAAUGUACAUCUCAUCUUAAUCGUUUUAACAUUUUGUGAAAUACUAACAAAAUGGAAAAAUCUGAACAGACCUAAAAAA